AUGCUGAUGACACAGGCUGCCGCACUGCCUCCAGCACAUGGUCAACGAUCGACAGCCUUCAACACUCUGCGCACCACCAACCUCGCCGCUGCAGCGCCGAGCCAAAUCGGAAGGGAGGCACAGGUACGGACUGGCUUGAAGAGGUCAGGCACUUUCGGAGACGACGGCGACGGCUACGGCUACGGCAGCUCGUCGAACCACGCCGACGGGCAUUAUACUUCCUCCACAAUGAACGGCAUCAUGGGCACCGUCCCCUCGGGCGCCACGUACGUGCGGGCGAUGUACGACUACGAGGCGGACGACAGGACGAGCUUGAGCUUCCACGAGGGCGACGUCAUACAGGUCAUCACCCAGCUCGAGAGCGGUUGGUGGGACGGCGUCAUCAACGGCGUCCGCGGCUGGUUCCCGAGCAACUACUGCCAGGUCAUCACCAACCCCAGCGAGAUCCUCGACGCGGAGCAGAAUGCCGUCCCUCUCGGAGAGACCCUGGACGAGGAGCCCGAUGACGAGGUCUACGACGAGAGCUUCGACGACGACGAGGACGACACCGACGAGAUCAACGCUCUCCCUAUGGAGGGGACCGAGACCGGUGCCAAGUCCGGCGCCGACUUUUGGAUCCCCCAGGCGACCCCAGACGGCCGGCUCUUCUAUUAUAACACAAUGACGGGCGAGAGCAGCAUGGAGUUGCCCCUGGAAUCCCCCACCUCUGUGAACGAGAGCGGCCCGCGCGACCGGAUGAAUGUCAACAUCCCCGAACGGACACGCCCGCCGCCAGAGAUGAUGGCCAGGGGGUUCACUCAAGACGAAGACGAAGAUUCGGAAGCGAACUCGGCCUCGGAGCUGGAGGGCGAGUCUAUCAUGCUCGCAUCAAGAGGAUCCAUGGUAAUGCCAAACUCUCUUCCCCCUCCAUUGGCAGAUCACCGUUGGCUAACCAGGAUAUCGACCAUACAGCCUCGUCGGAACCCCACCGACAUUGGUCUCUCACCAGCGCCCUCCAUGGACUCUAUCAACGGCCAGGCUACGAGGCCUAGGAACGACACCUUUAGCAAUCCCAACAUGGUCCACGGUACUGGGAUCGCCUCGGCGACUUCCUUCACGUCUACCGGCUUUAAUCUUCCUACGGCCGCCACCAUACCCCGCUCCUUCUUCGACGAUGGGUCGACACCACCGCUCACAUGGGCCCGCCUCGUUGCCAACAUGAAGAAGUCUAUUGAACGCUACCGCGAGGCCAUUAACAACAACCUGCGGUCCGAGUAUGUGGCGCGUGCUGAGGACAUCUCGGACCACCUACGCUUGCUUCUCGCAGCCGGAUCUGGCACGACGGACAACCACUCCGGGCAGCCCUCCAUCAUCUCCACGAACAAGGCGCUGUAUCCCCACUUCCGGGACAUGAUGUCCAAGUUCUCCAAGCUGGUCAUCUCAUCGCACAUCGCAGCUGCGGACUGGCCGAACGCGGAAUCGGUACAAAAGUGCUUACAGGAGGCCGACGGUGUCCUCUUGGGGGUGUACAGCUACGUCGAGAUAGCAAGGCAGCAGCGAGGGGAGGAGAUCCCCAGGCUGUUCCCGGGCUUCGUCAUUGGCAGCACGGCGGGCGGCAGCUGGCAGAAUAACGGUCUGGGCCCGAGAGACCCCAUCGCCUCAAACUUCCUCGAGGACGAGGAGGGCUACCAAGAGCCGACGGCAAUGCUAGAUGGCAAAUUGCUCGAGCGACUCGACGAGCAGAAGCGCAUGUUGGUCUCGAGCAUCAGGGAGCUGGAGAAGAACCUGGCUGUUUCCGACAAGAUCAUCACGCCGUUCAAGCACGAGCUUAUCGGCAACAACGUCUGCUCUGCAGGCGGCAAGGUGCUGGAGAUGUUCAAGCCCUGGAUCGCCAUGAUCGAGUCGGUUGACUUGUCGACCCUCGGCAACAGCUUCCAAACCCCCCAGCUUGCCGAUUUCAGCGUCAACAAACAGAGCCUCUACGACAACAUCUCUGACCUGUUGCUAGGCUGCCAGGCCGUGGCUGGUCCGCUCGCAGACGAGUGGUCAGAGGUCCGCGGCGAGGCGCUUGAGAACAGGCUGGAAUACGUGCGCUCAUGCGCGCGAGCGUUGGAGAUGAACUCGUCGCACAUUGGCUUCUCGCUCCAGCUCUUGUCGGAGCAGGUACAGAUCAACACGCAACAGCAGACCGAACAGCGCAUGCGGGAAGAGCAGUUCCAGCGCGAGCAGUUGCGGAGGGGAGAGACGAUGCCAUACGCCCCGAGCCACCAGAGGUCAGAAUCGCGCGGCCUCAUGCGCCCGCCCCUUAUGCAGUCGCAGUCCUUCACGGAAGGUGAACCCACGACCCAGACGUACCGAAAGGGUGGGGACUACUCCAAACUUAAGAAGUUGCUCGGAGAGGACCCCAACCCCCAGGCUAUGGUCGAGGACAUCCCUGACUACCUGCGACUCGACUUCGAGCACGAGAUCUCGUGGGACACCAAGACGUCGCCGCCCACUGUCAAGGGUGGCUCGUUGUAUGCCCUUGUGGAGCAGCUGACACGCCACGACAAGCUCGAUUCAAGCUUCAACAAUACUUUCCUCCUCACCUAUCGAUCCUUCACCUCGGCGAGAGAGCUCUUCGAGCUGCUCGUCAAGAGGUUUGCGGUCCAGCCCCCCGAGGGCCUGAACCAGGCCGAGUACGAGCAGUGGCGGGACAAGAAGCAGAAGCUGAUCCGCUUCCGUGUGGUCAAUAUCUUGAAGAACUGGUUUGACAACUUUUGGAUGGAGGACACGAGCCUUGAGGAGACGAGGCAACUUAUCCGCGACGUAUAUGCCUUCGCCAGGGAGACUGUCAAGUCUACCGAGACUCCCGGACACGCCCAGCUCAUGGCGGUCCUGGACCAGCGCCUGAACGGCAAGGACACGGGCGCGAGGCGUCUCAUCCAGACCCAGAACCAGAACACGCCGGCCCCCAUCAUGCCCAAGAACAUGAAGAAGCUCAAGUUCCUGGACAUUGACGUCACCGAGUUUGCGCGACAGCUGACCAUCAUCGAGUCGAAGCUGUACAGCAAGAUCAAGCCGACCGAGUGCCUGGGCAAGACGUGGCAGAAGAAGCCCGGCGAAGGGCAGCCCGAGCCGGCGCCCAACAUCAAGGCGCUCAUCCUGCACUCGAACCAGAUGACCAACUGGGUUGCCGAGAUGAUUCUCGCCCAGUCGGACGUCAAGAAGAGGGUGGUUGUCAUCAAGCACUUUGUAGCUGUCGGAGAUAAAUGCCGGAGCCUGAACAACUUCUCGACGAUAACAUCGAUCAUCUCGGCGUUCAGCACCGCGCCCAUUGCCCGUCUCAAGCGGACAUGGGACAUGGUCCCGGCCAAGACACAGGCCACCCUGGAAACGAUGAGAAAGCUAAUGGGUAACACCAAGAACUUUGGUGACUACAGAGAAGCACUGCACGCCGCGAACCCCCCGUGCAUUCCAUUCUUUGGCGUGUACUUGACCGACCUCACCUUCAUCGAAGACGGCAUCCCGUCCAUCAUCAAGAAGACCAACAUGAUCAACUUUGCCAAGCGCGCAAAGACGGCCGAGGUCAUCCGCGACGUCCAGCAGUACCAGAACGUGGCGUACGCCCUGCAGCCCGUCUCGGAGCUCCAGGACUACAUCGUCAGCAACAUGCAGGCCGCGGGCGACGUCCACGAGAUGUACGACAAGUCGCUGCAGGUGGAGCCGCGGGAGCGCGAGGACGAGAAGAUUGUCAGAGUGCUGGCCGAGUCGGGCUUCUUGUAA